CUGCCGUGACAAUGGUAUAGUCAUGCUCUCAUUUCCCCCGCAUACAUCGCACAAGCUUCAACCGCUAGAUGUGGGAGUGUACGGACCAUUCAAAUCCUUUUGCUCAGUUGCCUUCAACGACUGGAUGACCUCCAACCCAGGAAAAACUAUAACAAUAAGAGAGAUUGCCCAUCUUACAAAAAUAGCUUCUCAAAAUGCCUUUACUCAAAAAAAUUUAACCAAGUCAUUUGAAAAACCAGGUCUGUGGCCUUUAAACCGAUUAGCUUUUCGAGAUGAUGAGUUUCUUCAAAGUUAUGCGAAUUACAUUAAAGAACACGAUCCUGUUCCCCAGCAUCGGAUAGACGACACACCAGCAGACAAACAGCCUGGACCAGAAUCAAGAAAUUCACAACCGCAAUGUAAUCUACCAAUAUCCAGCAUAACCGUGCCUAAAAAAACAGGUCCUUCAAGUUCAUUUACUUCACCGCCAUCUACACCUAUAAAGAUUGUUUUAUCAAGCUGCAAGAACAAAGAAGACGAACCUUCAGUCUCUAGCAACGUUAUUACUCCAGAAAUUGUUAGGCCCUUUCCCCGAGCUACUAUAAAGAAGACAAACAGUAGAAAAGGAAAGUCUAGAAUUUUCACCACUACGCCAGAAAAAAUCGUCUGGAAGGAAUUGAGAAGGAAAGAGAAAGGCGAAAACAAAUUCAGUGUGAACGAAACCAAAAACGGCUGCUGAAGCAAGUGUUUCCACAAAAUAAAAAGACCAAAAAUUGCAACAAAACUCACCAGGAAAAUGAGCACAAGUAGUUCAGAUUCUGACGAAUCCAUUGUUCUAGAAUCGGAGGAAAUUUCUGAUGAUUUUAGUGAUGAAGAAAAUGUGCAUCUCAUAACAGAUGAUGAUGAUAUUAAUAAAAACGACUUUGUUUUGGUGAAGUUUCCUCUAAAAAUGACU